UGACGUGUAACCAACAUACCAAAGAGUGAUUUACAUACUUUUGUUAUCUGCUACAGAUAUACCGCUUAUAAAAAAUCUAUUCGGCCUCAAAUAUUUACCUCGCUUAGACUGCCAGUCCUAUCGGGAGUACCUCCUAAUCUUCGUCGAUAAAACGACCACUGAUAAGUUUCAAUUUGACCAUAAGAAUGUCAUAUCUAUAAGUUCGAAUACAACAAUAGAAGCUAGUUCUCUCGAUAUGAAGUUCAGUACUCUCUGUACAAGUGUUGUUGCCUAUGUAUUUUUUGGCAGUUGCAAUUCUCUUGCGCAAGCGCCAAAAUGCAGCCUCAGAAACAAAUCCAUAGUAUGCUCCUCUAUUGACGAUACUUACCUGUUGGAAGAAGUCAGCGAAUUAAACAUCACUAACAGCUACAUCCCACUGAUAGAACCAGUAUUCUUCGAAAGACUCCCAAAUCUCAACAAAGUCGUUUUGAGAAAUGUUCACCUUAGAGGAAUAAUGCCCGACGCUUUUUCUAAUUUAACAGCUUUAAAAUAUUUGAACCUAGGAAACAACAACUUAGAUACGUUCAACAUCUCGACAGACAUUUGCUUGGAAGUUUUAGAUUUGUCUGACAAUAAUCUCCAAAACCUGUCUGAUUCCGACAUAGGAUGCAUUAAGAAUCUGAAGGUCCUUGAUAUUUCGAAUAAUAAUAUCAAGUUUUUGCCUUCAUCGUUAUUGGAGAAGCUCAAAACCGAUAUAGGCUUUACGCUAGUAUCACAUGGAAACCCUUGGAAUUGUAAUUUGAAGGAGUGGGUUACGAGCUUGAAUCAGGAAUUAACAGACUUGUUUUGCAAUAGAAAGCCAACAGGUAACUGCCAAACUGGAAUUAAAAGAACAACGUUUGCAUUAAAGGAAAAAAGUUCAGAUAGGGAAGAACAUUGUCCGAUACCAACCUGUUUUAAGCAAUGCCUGUUUUGGUUUUUUGGAGCAAUUUGGAUCGGAGUAAUUAUUGGCAACGUUUGUAAAAUAAAGAAGCUGUUGUGCAGUAAUAUACGACAUGAAGACAAAACUACUCAGUAUGGUAAUGAAUGUUAUAAUACUUUCGGCGGCAUCAUAUAGACUCAUUUUGUCCGAACCCUUGUUUGUGUAAAAAAUGCUAUCUGAUAGUACAGUAUCAAGUUAGUUAAACAGUAACAAGUUAGUUAAACAGUUGAAAAUGAGCAUAUUAAGUUUAGGUGAAAGUAGAGCGAACUUAACCAUAUAACUAGGUGCUUCAUGAUUAAACUGAUUACUUCGUGUCUGUAUUGCCUAUCUCACGAGUAUAUAAUGUGUCCUGCCAUAAUGGGGAAUUUUGAAAUCUUACUAGAUAACCAGCUGUCAUUCUACCGUGAUGGAUACUCGUGACAGUGUUUGUAUUGUGCGCUUUUGUGUUUAAUGAAUUGUAGAUUUCUAACCCCAUCUAGUGAUCUAAGCAAAACUUAAAGCCAGUGGUCGUUCAUAAAACUUGAAAUUAUUAUAUUAUAUAUUAUAAAAUAUUUUGUUUAUGUAAAACGUGUUCAUGCAGUAUUUAUUAUA